GUAAUGAAACUCCGCCUACUUGAGUUGACUGAAAAUUCAUAGCAGAAGACGGAAGAUCAUUCAGAGUAGUAACAAUCAUGGCGUCUUCGAAGGUACUGUAUAUGACCGAGCUCCUCCAGGGAAUGCUGAAAAAUGCAAGGCCCGAAGUCACCACGAGGCUUCGGACCCUGCACACAUCCGCAGGUUCCCAGGCUAAGGAAGGAGAAGGACCCCAGGCCAAGCACUUCCCUGUUGUGAAGACACCCAUGUUACCCAAGGAUUCCUUCAAGGGCAAAACUGCCUUCAUCACAGGAGGGGGCACAGGCCUGGGCAAAGGAAUGGCUACCAUGUUGAGUGCUCUUGGUGCAAAUGUGGUCAUUGCUGCUAGGCGACUACCUUUGUUAGAAACAACAGCUGGUGAAAUCACUAACCAGACAGGCAAUCCAGUUUUACCUGUGCAGAUGGAUGUGCGCAAUCCAGAUGCAGUCAAAGCUGCUUUUGAUGCAUGUGAAGCCAAGUUUGGUCUCCCAAACAUAAUCAUUAACAAUGCUGCAGGCAACUUCAUUUCACCCUCAGAGAGACUCAGCGCCAAUGCCUGGAGGACCAUUACAGAUAUAGUGCUCAAUGGAACAGCUUACGUGACUCUAGAGGCUGGCAAGCGGCUUAUCAGUGCAGGCCAAGGUGCUGCAUUUUUGUCCAUUACAACAACAUACACAAGAAGUGGCUCUGGCUUUGUAUCCCCAAGUGCAUCAGCAAAAGCAGGUGUUGAAAACCUGACAAGGUCACUUGCAGCAGAGUGGGGCCGUUAUGGGUUACGUUUCAACUGCAUUGCCCCGGGUCCUAUUGAGACAGAGGGUGCAUUCAGCCGUCUGGACCCAACUGGAUCUUUUACCCAGAUCGCACAUGAACGCAUCCCAGCUGGACGUUUAGGAGAAGUGGAGGAGUUGGCAAACCUAGCAACUUACCUUGUGUCUGAUUAUUCUACUUGGCUGAGUGGAGAGUCUAUUGGAUUUGAUGGAGGAGAAUAUCGCAACAUGGCCGGCCAGUUCAACAUGCUAAGCCAAGUGACACCAGAAAUGUGGGAAAUGAUGGAAAAGAUGAUCCGAGGAAAUAACAAGAAGGAAAAGAAAUAAGAUGAACAUGAUUUGGAAGAACAGAGAAUUUUUUGAGUCUUCUAUUUUUCUUUGCCCAAAGGAUUAUAUGUAUUUGAUCUUUUUAGAGAAAUAUUGAAUUAGCUUUAUUGAUAUGAUUUAAAAAACGUCGACAUUUCCUUAACUUUGUAUAGAGAAAUGGUCUUUGCCACUAGUUUCUUUGCAGGUCAUACAGAUAACAUAUGUAAAUAUGUAUUGAAAUAUUGUGUAAUAAUACAGAAAUGCAUAUGUAUAUAUAUACAUGCUCAAAUGUAAAUGUAGGUAUAUUUUGAUAAAUCUACUUUCAGUUCACCUCUUUCUUCAAACAAAUUCAUACUGCUUCUAUAAUAAAUUGUAAAUCCUUA